AAUGAAAAAUGUAGUUUAUAGGAUCUCGACGAUACCCCUCCUCCAAGCAACGACUUUACUAUCAUCUCUGGGCUUUGAAAAAGUAAUUUCAACUCUAAAUGAAUAUGAGCUGUUGAUUGCUUCACAAUUAGUUGAUGCUUCGGAAAUUGAUGUUACGUUUAAAGAUAUAGCUGGUUUAGAUGAUGUUGUAGAUACAAUCAAGUCAACUAUUAUAUUACCACUUUUGUUGCAUCCAAUUUUAAAGCAAAAAUCCCAAUAUUUUCAACCACCUAAAGGAGUUUUGCUCUACGGUCCUCCCGGAUGUGGUAAAACAAUGAUUGCAAAAGCAAUCGCUAAAGAAGCAAAUGCUCGAUUCCUUAAUUUGGAAGUUCCUGCAUUGACUGAUAAAUGGUAUGGAGAAUCACAAAAAUUAGCAACGGCUGUAUUUAAGUUAUCAGAAAAGUUGCAGCCAUGCAUUAUUUUUAUUGAUGAAAUUGACACAUUUCUCCGCGCGAGAGGCAGAAAUGAUCACGAGGCAACUGCAAUGAUGAAAGCCCAAUUUAUGAUUUUGUGGGAUGGAUUAAACACAAAAAAAGAUAACCAUGGUGUAAUUGUUUUAGGUGCAACAAAUCGUCCACAUGAUGUCGAUGUGGCUAUCCUUCGAAGAAUGCCUGCAAUGUUUGAAGUUCCUCUACCGAACUGCCACCAGAGACAAAAAAUCUUGAAUCAAUUACUUAUUAAUGAACAAUUAGAAAGUGACAUCGAUUUUGAAAAAUUAGCCGGUUCAACAGAUGGAUUCUCUGGUAGUGACCUUAGCGAGUUGUGUCGAAAUGCUGUGUUUACUCGUUUACGUAACGAAAAAUCAAAAAUUCUUGAAAUUUUAUCAAACGCUACAGAUAGCAACAAAGAGGGUCGUUUAUCGGAAUUUAUAUCAAAAAUUAGAAAUGUAAAUGCCAACGAUUUUCAGUCAACUCUCAUAUAUAUGAAUAAACAUAAAUAUUCAUAUAAUAAAUUUAAUGCCGAUUUGUGCAUACAUGAUAAGGAG